AUGGAGAUGGACUCGGGGGCUGACUCAGUGAGUUCAACACCUCGUUCAGUCCACCACAAACACCCACUCUCCGACGACAAACCACUGGUCCGUCUCAUGGUUAGCUUUGGCGCUUCUAUUAACCCUCAAAACUCAUCCUCCACCGCCGCUGCUGCUUCUGUUGAUUUUACUGUCAAAUACCAGCUUCCCAACGAAGAACUAGACGCUCUUAUUACGGUUUCCACCGACGAAGAUGUCGAGAAUAUGAUGGAGGAGUUCGAUCGUCUAUCUCUCUCCUCCACCGAUAAGAUCCCACGGUUGAGGCUUUUCCUGUUUCCGGAUACUAAUGGUGGUGGUGGCAGUGGACAAGUUUCUAGAAGUUCGAGUAUCGCGUCGCUUCUAGAUGGUUCUAGGAAAAGGGAGAAUUGGUUUGUCGACGCUUUGAACGGCGGUUCUACUGGUGGGUUAGAGAGGGGUAGGUCGGAAGCGUCAUCGAUUGUUUCGGAAGUUCCGGAUUAUUUAUUCGGGUUGGAUAAUUCCGAUGAACCCCCACCUCCACCUGUGAAAUUCAGGAAUCGGUCCGGAUUGAGUGAACCGGGUCCAGGUUCAGCACCCGGUUCCCUUGAGAGGAGGCCUAUUGAUUAG